ACCCGAUAGGCGGGCCCCGGAUUUCCGGUGUCGGGGGCAACGAACGGCCGCGGCGGCGACAGCUACCGUUUCAGAGGAAGCUGCAGCAGAAGAGGAAGAGGAGCAGAGCCAGGCGGGAGGUACAGGCGGGACCCUCGUCAUGGGUCCGCGGACCUAGAGCGGCGGAAGCUACCGGCCCGAAGCCGAGCUGGCCGCUGCUCCUUCCCGUGGUCCCCAUGGCUGAGGAGUGGCUGGACUGCCCAGCCCUGGGCCCUGGCUGGAAGCGCCGGGAGGUUUUCCGCAAGUCAGGUGCUACCUGUGGACGCUCAGACACCUAUUAUCAGAGCCCCACAGGAGACAGGAUCCGAAGCAAAGUUGAGCUGACCCGAUACCUGGGCCCUGCGUGCGACCUCACUCUCUUCGACUUCAAACAAGGCAUCCUUUGCUAUCCAGCCCCCAAGGCCCGGUCCUUGCCUGUCCCCAGCAAGAAGCGGAAGAAGCCUUCGAGGCCAGUCAAGGCUCCGAAAUGUCAGGUUGGAUCCCAAAGAAGUGAGGACAAGAAGGAGGCCCCAAGAGUUGAGACCAAGGCUGAUGCUGACACAGCCCCAGCUUCUCUCCCUGCGCCUGGGUACUGUGAGAACUGUGGAAUCAGCUUCUCAGGAGAUGGUACCCGAAGGCAGCGGCUCAAGACAUUGUGCAAGGACUGCCGAGCACAGAGAAUUGCUUUCAACCGGGAGCAGAGGAUGUUUAAGCGUGUGGGCUGCGGGGAGUGUGCGGCCUGCCAGGUAACUGAAGACUGCGGGGCCUGCUCCACCUGCCUUCUGCAACUGCCCCAUGAUGUGGCCUCAGGGCUGUUCUGCAAAUGUGAGCAGAGACGGUGCCUCCGGAUCGUGGAAAAGAGCCGAGGGUGUGGAGUGUGCCGGGGCUGUCAGACCCGAGAGGACUGUGGCCAUUGCCGAGUCUGCCUCCGCCCUCCCCGCCCUGGUCUUAGGCGCCAGUGGAGGUGCGUCCAGCGGCGCUGCCUACGGCACCUUGCCCAUCGCCUCCGUCGCCACCAUCAGCGAUGUCAACGACGCCCUCCCUUAGCUGUGGCUCCCCCUGCUGGUAAACGUAGCCGCCGCAGGGGAGGCUGCGAGUCCAAGUUGACUGCCCGGUGGCGUCCCCGAACCCAGACUCUGCCUCCACUUCCCCCAUCGCAGCCUCCAGAGUCCCCAGAGCUGCACCCCAGAGCCCUGGCCCCCUCGCCACCUGCCGAGUUCAUCUAUUACUGUGUAGACGAGGACGAGCUACAGCCCUACACAAACCGCCGGCAGAAUCGUAAGUGUGGGGCCUGUGCAGCCUGCCUGCGGCGGAUGGACUGUGGCCACUGUGACUUCUGCUGUGACAAGCCCAAAUUCGGGGGCAGCAACCAGAAGCGCCAGAAGUGUCGUUGGCGCCAAUGCCUGCAGUUUGCCAUGAAGCGUCUGCUGCCAAGUGUCUGGGCAGGGUCUGAGGAUGGGGCAGGGCCGCCCCCACCAUACCCUCGUCGAAAGAGGCCUGGCUCAACUCGACGGCCCCUCCUGGGCCAUACCCUGAAGCCCCCGUUGGCCGUGUCCACAGCCCCACCAGAACAUGUCCAGACUGCAAUGAAGCAGGAAGCAGGCGGUGGUUUUGUGUUGCCCCCACCUGGCACUGACCUUGUGUUUUUACGGGAGGGUGCAAGCAGUCCUGUGCAGGUACCUGGACCUGCCCCAGCUUCCACAGAAGCCCUGUUGCAGGAGGCGCAGUGCCCUGGCCUGAGUUGGGUUGUGGCCUUACCCCAGGUGAAGCAAGAGAAGGUGGAUGCCCAGGAAGAGUGGACACCAGGCACAGCCAUCCUGACUCCUCCUGUAUCGCUGCCUGGCCGCCCCAGCAAGGCGUUAGACCCAGGCCUGCCACUUGUGAAGCAAGAGCCGCCUGACCCCGAGGAGGAGAAGAGCCAGGAUGACUCAGCCUCUGAUUCGGCCCCAGAGGAGGAGGCGGCAGGGGUUGGCACGCCCGUGAUCACGGAGAUUUUCAGCCUGGGUGGAACCCGCCUCCGGGACACAGCAGUCUGGUUGCCAAGGUCCAAGGACCUUAAAAAACCUGGAACUAGAAACCAGUAGACUGGAGGCUUCUGCAGACUGUAGGAUUCAAGGUGAUACAUAGAGACCGGCUUUAUGAGAGACAACAAUGAUGUGCUCAGGCUGGACCAGAGAGCGAUGGCCAGGGCUUGUGUAGGAGUCAUAGGAACUGGAAAAACCUACGACCAAACCAGAGGGCCAGGCCUGUUCAGUACUUGGAGAUUAUAGAUGAAGUAAGCAGAAAGGAAGAGAGAGGAGGAAGCUGGUGUCUUCUCCAACUGGUGCAAAUCUCAGAAGCCUGAGUGUGAUAAGAAGUUUGGAUAUUAGGGGUAGAGGAGCUGGGCUUGGGGCUGGGGAUAGAACUAGAGCCACCACAAAUAACCUAAACAAGCCAUCUUAAAUAGUAAAUGGCUUUUGGGUGAGACCUAGCAGUGUCUCUAAGUAACUGGGAGACAGCAAUUGAAAAUGUAACGUGAAUAAAGAAGGAAAGGAACUGCUGUUUGGUGAGUUCUUCCUAUGGAUACAGUUUAUUCCUCUAUAAAGAGUCCUUUUAGGAAGAUACUGAUUUUGCCCAUUUUGCAGAUGGGAAAACUGACUCAAAUAACUUGUCCAGUGUCAAACAGCUAGUAUUGAUAGAGCCGAGAAUCAAACCCAGGUUGUAAAAGCCUUGUUCUUUAAGCCACUAACCUGUAAACUGUAAUCCUAUAUUCAAUAAUGUGUAAUAAUAUAGUAAGAGAAGUUUCCAGUGACCCUGAAAACAAGAUAGAUUAAGCCUUAUAACAAAUCCCUUACACUGUUGCCUCUAGCAUGGCUUAAGGAGUACCAGGGCGAGUGCCAGGGCAGUGUGGACGGGGUCAUCGUGUCAGAGCAUCUGUGUAUCCAGAUACUGGGUUCUUUCCAGGCCUUGGAUGUUGCAUAGGAUUCUUCAAACCCUAAAGGUCAUCCUUCCCAGCUGGCCACGUUUUUUGCUUGUUUACCUCAUUUUUCCUCCGCCGCCAAAGCAGUCUUUAGACGUAAAGCUGCCAGCCUGGCUCAUCUUUCCUGACAACUUGUGUCCCCUGACCCUUGAUGAUCUUUGUGCUUGGUUUCUGUUCUCAGCCCUGUUGCCUAGGAGUCUUGAGUUCCUGCUUCAAGGCCUGUCAAAGGGCCAGUCUUGGCUCACCGUCUCACUUUCCGGUUCUUUGCAUCGUGCUAAAAGUGAUUAGACUUGGGAUCCAUUGCUUAGCCAGCUUUACAGGGCUGGGCCUAAUUGUGUGCCUCCUUAAAUUUUGUAGCCUCUGUGCCUCCCUUGCUUUAGUCCAGUUCCCAGCCCUGCAAUUUGACAUAAUUCAGAUGUAGAUUAACUAUUUCCCUACUGUAACAUGAUACAGCCCUCUGCCCCUUGCUUUUCUUCAUCCUACCUACUUCAGCCAGAGUUGUUGAGUGGAUAAUUUUCUGCUGUUUUUGCUCACCCCAAGAUCCAACUACUCAACCCUAGUAUUCCGAUAAUUUUUAUAGUGAUGUCCUAAGUGAAAUUUAUUUGAUUGGUAUUCUGACUCGUGAGAUAAGAGUCUGGUUACCAUGUGUAUCAUGGUACAAUGUGUAUCAGGAUACAAUUAGAAAAGCAACACCACUA